UUAAUUACUAUGGAAUUUAUUACAUUUGUACCAUACUUAUUUAUCCCAUCACCACUUUUUAAUUAAUUAUUGUACCCCGCACUUGAAUAUAUUUUAGACCAUCUGAAUUGGCGAUUAUGGAGUAUUUUCAAAUACUACUGGGCCUGGGUGCGGUUCUAAUAGGACUUCUCUAUUAUUACUCGACAACCUUCGCCUUUUGGCAGAAUCGGGGCAUAAUCGGACCGAAACCGAUCGCCGUCGUCGGCAAUUUUCUGAAUGUUGCGUUAAGAAAAAUGUCGCUUGGCGAUCAGAUCCACGAGUGGUACAAACAGUACAAAAACGAAACUGUUUUCGGUUUAUUUGAAGGAAAUAGCCCUGUUUUGGUCAUCAACGAUUUGGAUUUGAUAAAAGAUGUUCUUAUCAGAGAUUUCUCAUUGUUUGCUGACAGAGGAUUCAAGAUUUUCCCAAAGAUAGAAGUACUGGGAGAGCAUCUGUUCUUGUUGGAACCAAAACGAUGGCGACUAAUGCGCAACCGCCUCUCCCCGAUUUUCACUUCCGGUAAAUUGCGAGAGAUGUUCCCACUUCUGGAGGAAUGCGCACAGAACUUGGAGAAAUACUUGGACUAUGUCGCGGAGAGCGGGAAGGAUGUGGAGGUGCGCGACCUGACCGCGAAAUACACCACGGACGUGAUCGGCUCCUGCGCUUUUGGAAUUACCAUGAACGCUUUGAACGAUGAUAACAGCGAGUUCCGGCAAAUGGGAAGGAAGAUGUUCAAGCCUACAUUUAGAUUCUAUAUUAGGGACACCCUCAAACGAAUGUGGCCCAGCCUUUAUGAGAUAUUCGGUCCCUAUCUGCAGAACAAAGAAGUGGACUCGUUUUUCGUUAAUUUAAUCAGUGAGACGAUGAAGUAUAGGAAGGAACAUAAUGUCUCGAGGCCAGAUUUCGUUAACAUGUUAAUGGAAGUUAAAGAGCACCCAGAGAAAAUGGAUAAUAUCGAAAUUACAGACGCGUUGCUCGCAGCGCAAGCAUUUGUGUUUUUCGUUGCUGGGUUUGAAACUUCGUCUACGACGAUGUCUCAUGCUCUAUACGAAUUAGCUCAAAAUCAGGAUAUGCAAAACAAACUGAGAGAAGAAAUCACGGAGAACUUUGCGAAGAACAAUGGAAUUUCGUCUUACGACCAAUUGAAAGAACUGAAGUACCUCGACAAGGUGUUCAAAGAGACACUGAGAAAAUACCCAGUAUUGGGUGUAUUAAACAGAAAAGCGAUGGAGAAUUACACAUUCAAGGGAACCAAAAUCACUAUACCUGAAAACCAAAUGGUUAUGAUACCGGUUAUGGGAAUCCAUAGGGAUCCGGCUAUCUAUCCAGACCCAGAUAAAUUCGACCCUGAACGAUUCAACGAGGAUGCUGUUGCUGCGAGACAUCCAAUGAGCUACUUACCAUUCGGCGAUGGACCAAGAAAUUGUAUCGGUGCACGUUUCGCGCAAUUUCAAAGCAAACUCGGUCUCGCAAUGAUUCUCCACAAGCACAAAGUGGAAGUUUGUGAAAAUACCACGAUACCGUAUAAAAGUGAGCCGAAAAGCUUUUUGCUGCAACUGAAGGGCGGAGUACACUUGCGUGUCGCGAAAGUGUAACGGAUUUCAUAAUAUUUCUGUAUUAUUACCUACACCUUGUCACUGUAUUAGGAAACGUAUUCUUCUUACUGAAUGUAUUGUGUAUAUGCUCCUUUAUAUAAAUUUGCUUUUGUAAAUGAUUCGUCUGUAUAAUCUAAUAAAGCAUAUGAUAAUCAUGUAAA